AUGUCCACGGGCUCUGCUGCGAGUGAUGCUGAAGACUACGAAAUAAGUCACAGGCGGACUGCUUCAACUCUGGAGAGGACAAAACGGAAGACCACCUGCUAUAAUCCCAGCCGGUUCUCUGAUGAGGAUUUGGAGGAUGACGCCGUGGAGGGUAGGACGAAGCAUCGUGAACGCAAACUCUCCAAAGCGCACCACCAGAGGGACGCGCGCCAGACGCAGAGAAACGCUGCCAAUGCCAGGGAGAGGGCGCGCAUGAGAGUGCUGAGCAAAGCGUUCUCCAGACUGAAAACCAGCCUACCAUGGGUGCCUGCGGACACCAAGCUGUCCAAACUGGACACACUGAGACUCGCCUCGAGCUAUAUCUCCCACCUGAGACAGCUGCUGCAAGAGGAGCGCUUUGAGAACAGAUUUGCGCACCCGGUCAACCUGGUAAGAAUAUGAGGAUUUGGAAAAACAAGAAAGAAAGAUUUAAAACUACAUAACUUAGCAUAGCACAUAUAUCAAAAUAAGUUCAGAAUUACAGGAAAUCGUUUUAUGUCUCAUUUCCAAAGUGAUCUAGUUUUGUGUUUGAAAUGUUUUGUCACUAUUUAAUCUGAUUUCCUCUGCCCAAACAGACCUGGCCUUUUAUGAUGACAGGACGCCCAGAGGACGGCCAAGACAUCUCAUCCUCUGUGAGACUGUGUGGAGCUACAGCAUAA